UGAGCCUAUGUAAACCCGCGAAAUCAUAAGUUGUCCUAUUUGCGCUUUGGCUUUGCACGUACUGCAUAGUGCAUACAGCCUGUAAAAAUAGACCUUAAAAAUAAUCUAGCCUAGAGUAUAGGCUACAUUUCUUUGCUGUCGUUUCUUCCUGUUGAAUAUGCAGCAGGUAGGGGAGGAGCUAGCAGCAAAGUCAAGUGUCUGAGAGAGUGUUGUUAAUAACGACAGACAGCGGGCAGGAAAAAUGAAGCAAACGAGACUUUGGGGAUUUUUUGGAAAGAAGUCAGUGGAGGGUAGCAAAGAUGAGCUGCAGACUGAGGAGGAGCCAGCAGCAGCAGCAGCUGCAGCAGCAGCUGUGCCAGGAUCAGACAUGGAAACUGAUGAUUCAGGGAGGAGAGAGGCUGAGUUAGUUGAGGUCGCUAGUACUGUAGUGGAAGAUUUAGGGACUGUAGAAACAGGCCCAGCCAGAGCAAAACUAAAAGAAUACCCUCUCACAACCUUUGGACUACAGAGAAGGUCCUUCCAGCAAAAAUGGUUUGAGACAUUUGACUGGUUAGAGUACUCUGCUAGCCGAAAUGCAGCCUUCUGCUUUGCAUGCAGGCUCUUUGGGAAACAAGUGUCUAGAGUUAACAAAGAUGUGAUAACCAGCUCUGUUGGAUUUUCUAACUGGAAACGAGCCUUGGACAGCUUUAGAGAGCACGAUAGUAGCUCAGGACACAAAGCUUCAAUGCUUGCAUUUUAUCCAGUUUAUCACAUGGCAGUGUAG